AUGGAUGAACCAAGGGGUCGGACUGGCUAUUACGGGGCAUGCUUCGUUGGAAACUUUCAUGGUUCUGCCAUGGUCGGCGGCCAGGCGCAGAUGGAGCAGGCUCAGUUAUGUGUUGACGAACUGCUCUUGUUGACACAUGUACGUAGACCAAAUCCACAAAGUUACCAGUUGCGCCAAGUGAAUGCCCUUGCAAGCCGCAAUUACGAACUUAUUGCCACCACGAAAGCCAAACAUCGAUCCGCUCCGGACGCGGAGUGCGAGGAUGUAGGAAUGUGCCUUCCUCCAAAACUGCAAUCCCGCGAUCUUUGGUCUCUUGGCAAAGGGUCCACGAAGCGAGUUAUGGAUAUUGUUUUCAAUGUUUCGAUUGCGAGUUUCGUGUGGGGUAGUCUCGACGGUUGCCAAAUUUCCAAUCGACAUGAAGCUGCUGGGUUUGUCGUCAAUGUUGAUCAAACCCCGGCCAGAUUGAGAUUUGGUCCUGCUCCACUGGCAUCCCAUCUAAACUACUCCAUACUCCGUUCUCUGUACCCGAAAGAGAGGAGGGAAUCUGUUGUAACUGUUCAAGUGUUUGACCUCGUUGUCGCCACAUGGCGGCCAAGAGAUGCCAUGCCAGUCUUUCCACAAAAAGGUAGGCUACAUUCGCCCAGGACUACAGUAAGCAACAAGAGCUCCAACACUAUUCCGGUGCGGCUUUCGUUCUCAUGUUUGCGCCGGGCCUGCCAGACAUCAAUCCUCUCUGGAACCGGCUGCAGUGGAUCUGAGGCAUUUCUGUGCAUCCAGACUGUCAAAGAAGCGACAUGCCUCGCAACACUGACCCGGAACCCUGUCUCAUGUCCUCCAGGCCACUCUUGGCCACUCUGCCGAGUACGGAAUACUGUAAGUUACUGUGCAAAGUACUCCGUACAUGCAGAUCUUGGUUGGCCAAAGAGAAGGGUGCUUAUUUCGUAUCAAGGUACUCGAAUUGAGAGUCAUGUGUACACGGCUCAUCUUUGA